AGGGCAGCCGGCCAACCCCGCCACUAUCCAACCUCCCUAUAAAAAUCGAUCUUUACAUCGACCAACAUUGACAAUCGCUCCAGUGUCAAGUCAUGCUCAGCUUACCGUUUUGGUUCUCCCAUCUGACGUCCACUAGCCGGACUUUGAUGGUAUUCGCUGGAGUCCUGCUUGUUGUCCGGAUAUGGAUGUCUCGGCUGAGGCGACUUGGAAGCAAUCCUCUUCCGCCAGGACCAAUGGGUUUGCCUAUUGUGGGUUACUUGCCAUUUCUGGGAAAGGACUAUCAUCUGACUCUCACGAAUUUAGGCAAAAAGUUUGGAUCAGUCUACCAGAUAUACUUAGGUGCGAAAAGAGUAGUCGUUAUCAAUGAUCAUAACCUCAUCCGGCACGCUUUCAAGCAGCAAGUCUUCUCCGGUCGACCGGACACGGAACUGACAAAAAUCUUACAAGGUUACGGCGUCAUCAACUCCGACGGCGCUCGAUGGAGAGAACAGAGAUCUUUCAUACAUAGUGUCUUACGUGAUUUUGGUGCCAAAAACUUUGGACCCAGCAGAGAUUUCUUACAGAAUAAUAUACUGAAACAAGUGAGAGGAUUUCUAACGUCUUUGAGGGCAGCUUCUGGCUCCCCAUACUACGCUCGAACUUCCUUGGCCCGAGCUGUCAGCAAUGUGGUUGGAUCUAUCCUGAUGAGCGUUACCUUCGAGGAAGACGACGAAGGCUUCAAGCGCCUUCUGGCCCUGUUUGAUGAAGGCUUCCGCCUCUUGACGCUGGCUGUGCCCGUCAACUUCAUCCCUUCUUUGCGACAUAUGCCUGGUUGGAACCACUCCUACGCGAAAAUUGUACGCAAUAAGGAGGAAACUGCUGCAUAUUUUCGUGAGAUCGCCGAAAAGCACAAAGAAACUAUGGACGAAGAGACAGUGAGGGACUUUGUGGAUGCCUUCUACCUCCAACAAAAAAAGGCUGAAGAAUCCAAUGAACCAACUUUCUUCUCUGAAGAGCAACUAGUCCAAGUAAUGGGAGAUAUCUUCAGCGCAGGAGUAGAAACAGUCACUUCUACUUUAGAAUGGAGUAUCCUAUUCCUAAUAAGAAACCCUGAUGUUCAAGCUCGCCUUCGGGAAGAAAUCGACCGUGUGGUAGGACAAAAUCGGACACCAGAACUCGAAGAUAUGCCCCACAUGCCCUACAUGGAGGCUACCAUCUUAGAAGUCCUUAGACGUGCCAAUGUCAUCGCUCUGGGCAAUGCUCAUGCCACCCUUGAUGAUACUGAACUGGAUGGUUAUUUGAUUCCGAAGAACACUCACAUCCUGCCAAACUUAUGGGCGGUGCAUAUGGAUCCCGAAUUGUGGGAAAAUCCGGAAGAAUUUCGUCCCGAACGUUUUCUAGUCAAUGGGCGGGUGGUCAAACCAUCUUACUUCAUGCCUUUCUCAGUUGGUCGAAGAAUGUGCAUUGGAGAUAGUCUUACUCGAAUGGAAGUGUUUCUUUUCCUUUCCUGUCUUCUACAGGAAUUUGAACUAAAAGUCCCUGAAGGCCAUCCUCUACCUCCUGUUGAAGGAAUCGCAGCUUUAUCUAUGACUGCCCAACCCUUCCAAAUGUGCGCGAUCCCAAGGCAAUCCACGUGAUAGGGAUUUGAAGUAGCCAUCGCAUACGGAUGAUUCCUCAUUUUCUGGCAGGUUUUUAACCCUGUCCUAGAAUAUCAGGUUCAGUAAUGGUCAUCACCAUUGUGUUCAUCCUAACAAAUCUUAUCAAAAGAAACUUUGUAAAUAAUGAAUUUUAUAGUCAUGAUAGCUGUGGCGUGACAUCCAAUUUUUGCCAAAUAGUCUCUACCCAUCAUUUGAAAAAUAUUUAGAGUAGGUUAUAGAUAUAUUGUUUUAAACCUAGAGCGUUCGUCUAUUUAGACGUUAAAAAGAAAGAUGUUGUAUUUUGGAUUAUUUAAGAAAUUCCUUUCAAAAAUAGGGUUUCUUUACAAAUUAUAUAAAAUGAGUUAAAAAAAUCUUCUGUAUAUAUUUAAUAUAUACGUAUAUGAAAGUCAUUUCCUGUAAAGAAUUUGGUUUAUGCGUACUGUUGAUUUCAAAUUUUGAUGUCUUUUGUACAGAUUAUUAUUUUGAAAAUCUAGAGUCUAUUAAAUUAUAUAAAUGGUCAAAUUUGCUUGCACCGUUUAAAUAUUCAGAUUGUUUUUAAUUACACUGUCCAUAUAUGUAAAUAUAUAUAUCUUAUACUUGCGUUUAUCACGAAAACUGACAUUUUUGACUAAAUUGCAUCGCAGUAUUUUGAAAUCGUCAAUUUCAAACAGUACUUAACAUAGAAACAAUUCAGUUCAAUAGAAUAAUAAAAAUAUGAGUCAUUGUUACUUAAUAAAGCAUAUAUUAUGCACACUGUUUUCAUUUAUCUAAACUGAUAUUAUUCUUUCUACUAAUAAUACAAUAGCACUGAAAGAAGAUAUUGUGAAAAUGAACCAUUAUUAUUAUUUAGUAAAAUAUUUAUUAAAACUGGAAAUGUAUAUUAACUCGGUUAUUUAUUUUAAAAAGAAAUAAAGAUUAAAAUGCUGUCAAAAAGUGAAUAAAGUGUUUUAUAUUUUGACUUCUAAAUAACAUUCAGUCUUGUUUCUCCUUUAGAAAUGUUAAAUAUAUUUUGACGAUUACGAAAUUCUAUGAUGCAAACAUUAACGAAAAGUCACAAGUAUAAAAAGUACAAAAUAAAGUGUAUGUGUAUCUAUAGUCAGUAGUACAAAUCAAUAGUCAUAAUAAUCUUUAUUGUAUGAUGUAAGGUACACUUGCUAUCUCUUACUUACUGCUCUUUGUCAUAUUAUCUCAAAAAUGUUCAUAAUACUUUGUAAUCCUUAUUUAAGAAUGGCAAAACUAAUUUUGCUUUCAAAAUAUUUUACGUGUAAUAAGCCAUUUCUCCCCUUGUGUCGGCACACAAGGAUAUUGUAAAAUACAGCCUUUAUUUAAUUAAAAUAUGCUUUAUGAAUUUUUUUUAAUAUACUUUAUCUAUUUCUUCCAUUGUGUAAAUCCUAUCACUAUAUUAUUUCCUCUUUUUUUUCUUUUGAAAAAUAAGUUCAAGGUACAUGAGAAUAAAAAUAAAAAAUAGAUUAUACCACAAAAUGUAAAAUACGGCAUUAGAAACAUAUUUUAUGAACUGCAAAAUUUCUGCACAUAUUUUAAUUUAUAUCACUUAAAUAUACUAUUAAAAAUAAAAUAUAGAUGCAAGUUAUUAAUAAAUGCAUUUAUUGCUUUUAAAUUUCUCAGUUUGUUUGUUAUUUAUAGAUUACUACUAAAGAUAAAUCCAACAUAUUGUUUUCUGCCGAAUGGCAACACUCUGAGAAUUUAUAACUGAGGAGCUACAUAGAUCUUAUAUAAGUAUAUAAUAUUCAAAUAUGUGUCAAAUAAUUCAACAAUUUUUGUUAAAGUAAAUUUCUUCUUAAAUCUCUUUAGUUUGUAAAAUAGCACUCUGAUUAAUUAAACAAUGAGAAAUUUAGUUUCUCGUAAAUAAAUAUAUGUAUAUUUACCUUACUAUUUUAUUAGGUUUUUGUUAUUUUUUAGAUAAAAAUGCUUCGAUUAUUUUUAAAAUUUAAAUGUGAGUUUUCUUCAGAAUUUAAUUUUCUUAAUGAAAAUGCCUAUUUUAAAAUGCUUCAAAAACCAAGCAUUAUUAUAAACCACUCGUUUUCAAGCAAUGUUCUGGGAAGCCACAGGAUUUCAAGCAAGAGAUUGUGGAAGUCAAAAAUCAAAAUUCUAAAAAUAUUUCAAUCUGCAUAGAACUCAAAACUAAUCAUAUUGAUAACUGAUUAAAGAAUAUUUUCUUUUCUAUUUUCUUUGUUACUUAAAAUAAAAUGAAGUAAAUCUUUUACAUUGUAAGGAAAUAAUGAUUUUAUAUUCCACAUAAAGUGCAUGUACUAUUGAUAUAUCUUAAAUGUUUCAAUUUUUUUAUGUUUAGUUUUCUAGAAAUGAUAUGGAAUAGCUUUAGAAAUUUCAUAAAAAAUUAUAGUUUUCGGGCUCCACAAAAAAGAGUUAUAGUUCCAGGAUUUGCAGAUUCCUUAAAGUGUGAAGACCACUAGUGUAAACCGAUAAAUUCAAAAUAAAAGUGCAUCGUUCUGUCUUUGCUAUAAUAAAAUAAUAUUAUUCUUCCCUGCUUGAAGCUCGUGCUAUAUUUAUGCAAAAAUUCAAUCUGUCCUGAAAUACUAUCUGCUAAAACAAUAUUCUGACUUUUGAUAGUACUAGGCCAAACAUUACGGUAAUUUUUUUAUUAUAAUUGUUUCCGGUCUUCUUUUAAGCUUCAAAUGCACAAAUCCUUAACGUAAUGGUUUAAUGUUACUUUUUGGCUUUAUCUAAGCAGCAAAUGUGUCACUGUAUAAAAUGUUUAAUGUUAUUUUAUAUAUAUGAUGAUUCUCUAAUUUGUUUGUAUAUGUGAUGAUUCUCUAAUUUGUAAAUAAAAUUUAUAUUCUUAUAUA